AGCAGCCAUUAAUAGAUGGUGGUUACUUUUGCAUUGUGCCAAAUGGUAGCUGAUGAGAGUCACCACAGCCCUGACUCCCUUGCAGCUUACAUGUCUUCCUGUGUCUUGCAGAAAAAUGACAUCCUCCAUCUCAAGGGGGAUCCUGCUGCUGGCAGUCCUGUGUUGCCUGGUCUCUAGCUUCCUGGCUGAGGAUGCCCAGGAGAAAGACACCUCCCAGCAUGAUCAGGAGCACCUAACCUGCCAUAAGAUUGCUCCAAACCUGGCAGAUUUUGCCUUCAGCCUGUACCGGGAGCUGGCCCAUCAGUCCAAUACGACCAACAUCUUCUUCUCCCCCGUGAGCAUCGCCACAGCCUUCGCUAUGCUCUCCCUUGGGACCAAGGGUGACACUCACAGCCAGAUUCUAAAGGGCCUGGAAAUCAACACCACAGAAAUAACUGAGGCUAAGAUGCACGAGGCCUUCCUUCACCUCCUCAAGACCCUCAACAAGCCAGACAAUGAGCUUCAGCUGACCACAGGCAACGGCCUGUUCAUUCACAACAAACUGAAGCUGGUGGAGAAGUUCCUGGCAGAUGUCAAGAACUAUUACCACUCAGAAGCCUUCCAUGUCAACUUCACAGACUCAGAAGAGGCCAAGAAAGUGAUCAAUGGUUUUGUGGAAAAAGGAACCCAAGGAAAGAUAGCUGAUUUAGUGAAGGACCUUGACAAAGACACAGUUCUCGCCCUGGUGAAUUACAUUUUCUUUAAAGGCAAGUGGAAGAAGCCCUUCGAUGCAGAGCAUACCAAGGAAGCUGACUUCCACGUGGACAAGUCCAAGACGGUGAAAGUGCCCAUGAUGCACCGUCUGGGCAUGUUUGAUGUGCAUCACUGCAACACUCUAUCCAGCUGGGUGCUGCUGAUGGAUUACCUGGGCAACGCCACUGCCAUCUUCAUCCUGCCUGAUGACGGCCAGAUGCAGCAUCUGGAGCAAACUCUCACCAAGGAAAUCAUUUCCAAGUUCCUGGAGAACAGGCACACAAGGUCAGCCAAUCUAUACUUCCCCAAACUGUCCAUCUCUGGAACCUAUAACUUGAAGACGACCCUGAGCCCACUGGGCAUCACUCAGGUCUUCAGCAAUGGGGCUGACCUCUCUGGAAUCACAGAGGAUGCCCCCCUGAAACUCAGCAAGGCUGUGCAUAAGGCCGUGCUGACCAUCGAUGAGAGAGGAACCGAAGCUGCAGGGGCCACAGCUUUGGAAGCCAUCCCCAUGUCUGUGCCCCCUGAGGUGAACUUUGAAAGGCCUUUCAUUGCCAUAAUAUAUGACAGCCACACUCACAGCCCCCUCUUUGUGGGAAAAGUGGUGGAUCCCACACAGUAAUCACCAUUCUCAGAUGUCACCUUUUCUGGAUUGGGUC